ACAUUUUCAAAUUUAACUAUAGAUCAGAACCGUUGGAUUUUUUUCUGCGUUUGGAUCAGAAUCGUUCAUACUCAAUCGUAGAUUGCAAUUUUGUUCAUGUUUAAUUUCGUUUUCUCGUGUUUUUGUUUAGCUGACUGUGACUUCAAUGACGUUGCCUGUUUUCGUUUUCAAUUAUAUUGUUGCCUUUAAAUGUUCUUUCAUUUUCAUUCAUUUGAUCUGAUGUGCGCGAAGAUUGUUAAUUUCGCUUUGAGUUCACGAGGAAAAUUGAUUUUAAAACUUAGCAUUACGAUUAGAAAAUAAGGAAAUCCGUGGUUAAUUUUGGUUAUGAUAAUUUAAUUGUUGAAAUUUGAUUCUAGCGUAAAAUUUAACAUUAUGUUUAGAACUGUGCUGCUCCUGUUUAGUAAUGUUGGUUGUGAGUUAGAAUAGGAUCUGUUGGCUUCCAAGCAUGCGAUGGAAUCAAGCUUGUUUGGCUUAGCUAUUUGGAAUUUCUAUGCAGAUGGCGUGGGAAUCUCUGUUGUGUGAUGAAAGGAGGCCCCUACAGAUUAAGAUGGAGGGGUAAAGAACUGUCUCUCAUUCUCAUUGUUCUUGUCUGUGCAACCAUUCUUGUUUGGACAUGGGACAGAAGUCCAGUACUUACUUCCUCACUACCAUCUAAAAAUCAGUUAUUGCAGCUCUCUCCAGAACACAAAAGCCAUGUGAGAGAAGAUAUUUCCACAUCGAUACAGAGGGAAGUCAUAAAUAACGAAGAGGAACAUCAUGUGGAUAAAAUGCCUUCUACUGAUACCGCCGAAAGUUCUUCAGAAUUUGAAACAUUUCCUAUUCAGAAGAAAGAAGAAGAAACAGAAAAACACAAAUACAGUCCAAAAAGAGAGAAAACUGGUGUUGUUAAAAGUGGAUCAAGUUCAACACAGAUAGAAGAAACAAACAAUGUAAUUUUAGGAGAAAAAGCUUCAGAACAAGAAGACAAGAAAGUGGAGAAUCAAGCCUGUAAUUAUGCAAAAGGAAAAUGGGUUAUAGAUGAUAGACGGCCUUUAUAUUCUGGGUUUGGUUGUAAACAGUGGCUAGCACCAAUGUGGGCUUGCCGGUUGAUGCAGCGUCAAGAUUUUGCCUUUGAGAAGCUAAGAUGGCAGCCAAAAGAUUGUGAAAUGGAAGAAUUUGAAGGGUCAAAGUUCUUUAAACGGAUGCAAGACAAAACUCUGGCUUUUGUUGGAGAUUCACUGGGUAGGCAGCAGUUCCAGUCUCUAAUGUGCAUGAUCACAGCUGGUAAGGAUAGCCCAAAUGUCCAAGAUGUGGGCAAAGAGUAUGGCCUUGUCAAACCACCUGGUGGUAAGCGUCCUAAUGGUUGGGCGUAUCGAUUUCCCAGCACCAAUACUACUGUCCUUUACUAUUGGUCUGCAAGCCUCUGUGAUUUGGAGCCUCUUAAUGUCAGAGACCCACACACUGAAUAUGCAAUGCAUCUUGAUCGACCUCCAGCAUUUUUGCGCCAAUUUCUCCACAAAAUUGAUGUCUUGGUUCUAAACACCGGGCACCACUGGAAUAGAGGGAAGCUUAAGGCCAACAGAUGGGUCAUGUAUGUUGGGGGUGUUCCCAACAACAACAGGAAGAUAGCAGAUAUGGGAGGUGCCAAGAACUUCACAAUCCACAGCACUAUUAAAUGGAUAAACUCACAGCUCCCAAAGCAUCCUCAUCUGAAAGCCUUCUAUCGGAGCAUCUCCCCUAGGCACUUUGUAAAUGGGGACUGGAACACAGGAGGUAGCUGUGACAAUACUUCUCCUAUGUCCAUAGGUAAAGAAGUAUUACAAGAAGAGUCUAGUGAUUAUAGUGCUGCCAGCGCUGUGAGGGGGACAGGGGUUGAGCUUCUAGACGUAACAGCUUUGUCUCAGGUGAGAGAUGAGGGUCACAUAUCCCGGUUCAGUAUCACAGCCUCUCCAGGAGUCCAGGACUGCUUGCAUUGGUGUUUGCCUGGUGUUCCUGACACAUGGAACGAAAUCCUCUUUGCACAAAUUUAGUCACACGUUGUUGUUGCUGAAUGAAGAAUUCUUGCAGCAUGCUCUGAGACGCAAAAGUGGCGCCUCUGCCUAGCAUUGGUUGAGUAUACUUUUGAUGGCAGCCUUGAUCAUGAUCUUGGAGAAGAAUUCCAUGUCGCAACUAUGUCAAUCAUGGGCUCAUUCUUGUGUUAUGGAGCCACAUAUAUUUUUGUGGUUACUGUAUUUGUAGAUUUAGUCUCUAGACUUUUUUGUAGCUUAGUUGGCCAUAGUUUUUUCAUACAUUUUGAUCUUACACUCUCUGAACAUUGCUGGAGGAAGCACCCGGAAUAAAAGUUGGCCUGAAUCUGGCCAUCUCUGCAGCCUCCUAUGAAAAAAAAAUGCUUACAAUGGAGGGAAAACAGCAGGAAAAAGAAAAAAGAAAGAAAAGAAAAGUUUGUAAUACAGGGAACAAUGUAGCGUUAAGAAUUGGAGAAGCGGUGAGUGAACAGGAAGAAUAUAUGAAAUUACAGAUUUUAUUCGCUUUGCAAUGUACAACCAAAUCCUCAUAAAACGGUAUACAUUCUUUUCCUAUA